AUGUCGAGUACCACAAGUCAAUUAAUCCCCUCUCAAACAAAUAAUCGAAUUAAGAAUUCAAACGAUUCGAACAAUACUACUCGCCAUCACCAUCAUCGUUAUAGUACAUAUGAUUUUCAUACCGGAUAUUUACACCCGUUAUCGCCGGGUUUAACAAAUUGUAAUAAAACAAAUCUAAAUAACUCAGCUAAUAAUCGCAGUAAUUUUAACUAUUACGUAACAAAAGCAUCUUGUGCUAACAGUAGUGGAAUACCAGCAUCAACAACCGCAACUAAAUUACAAAUUCGUAAAUCAAGUGCAAUAUCAUUGAGUGUACCUUGGUAUCGACGAACAAGAGGCUCACUAGACAAAUCGGAUUCAUUAACUCAACCACAACAACAGUCGAAAAUGUCAAAAGAUCACCUGUUAAAUUUAAAUACAUCUACUGGCCAAGAAGAUGAACCACAAUUUACGAAUGAGGCCGCAGCAGUAACGAUGGAUGAAGGUACCGCUGAACUACUCAAUGAGACAAGUAAAAAUGCAAAACAAUGCAGAGAAAAUGGUUAUGUUGGAAACACCACAUCACAUAUGACAAGACUACAAUGCACCACAAAAGGUACAAAAGCUCUAAGAUUACUUGGUGGCAAACACGAUGGCAAAGAAAAGUCGGAAGCACAAAAAUUAGCAACUCGAGGUAAUAUACAAAGAAGAUUAUUGCUGAAAAAUGGUGAAGUAAAUAUUUCAAGAUUUAAUAUUGAGAAACGUCGCCGUCAAUAUUUAGCCGAUAUUUUUACGACUUUAAUCGAUCUAAAAUGGCGUUGGGCAUUAUGUUUAUUCACAUUAGGAUUUUGUGUUAGUUGGUUAGCAUUUGCCAUCGUUUGGUAUUUAUUAAUGUACGCCUAUGGUGAUUUUAAAGAGGAAAAUUUUAAUAAUGCAAAUUAUUCGGCGUGUAUAUACGGCGUAAGAUCAUUCGCAGGAGCUAUAUUAUUUUCAAUCGAAACUCAACAAACAAUCGGCUAUGGUACACGUGUAGUUAAAGAGACAUGUUAUGCAGCUAUCAUAAUUAUGAUGUUACAAUCAUCGUUAGGUGUCAUGAUUCAAAGUUUUAUAGUGGGCGUUGUGUUUGCUAAAAUAUCUCGUCCAAAAAAGCGCACCGAAACACUCAUCUGGUCACGUGAGGCCAUUAUAUCGUUAAGAGAUGGUCGUUUAACAUUACAAUGUCGUGUGGGUGAUAUGCGAAAGUCUCAUAUUGUUGAGGCACAUGUGAGAAUGUAUUUGAUUAAGAAAAAAGUGACAAAAGAAGGUGAGGUGUUACCGUUGCAUACCUACGAUAUGAACGUGGGAUUUGAUAAAGGGAUCGAUCGGCUUUUUUUAAUAUGGCCAUUAAUCAUUACUCAUGAAAUUGACGAACAUUCGCCACUAUGGGAUAUUGGAAGAAAUGAUUUAGCUAAACAACGUUUUGAAUUAGUUGUGAUACUCGAAGGUAUUAUUGAAUCGACAGGUAUGACCACCCAAGCAAGGACAUCUUAUUUACCAUCCGAAAUUGUAUGGGGUUACCGUUUUGAACGUCUAAUUACAUUUCAACGAAAUGAUGGUUUAUAUCGAAUUGAUUAUUCGAGAUUUAAUCUGAUCUAUCCGGUUGAUAUGAUCACCUGUUCGGCGAAAGAAUUAAAACAGUUGCGUGAAAUGGAAAAACUACAUGAAAGUGCGAUUGGUUGUACAUCAGAUAAUAACACGUCUUAUAAUCAAGAGUGA